AGCUCGUCUCGUUUUCGUUUCAGUCAGAACUGAAAUCAGUAGAGCAGUGGACGCAACUUGCUUUUAAAUAAAUUAUAAACACAAUGUCAUUAAUAAUUGCCGGCGAAAUUAAAACUGAAUCUGAACCAUGUGUCAUAGCUUGGGACAAUAACCUAUUUGUGGGUGAUGAAGGAGGUUCUAUAAAGUCAUACAAUGCAGAUUUAGUGCCGGGUGCGUCAUGGACAGCACAUUCUGUUCAGAUAUUUGCACUGGCCGCCGGAGAUGGCAAAGUGUACUCAUCGUCUAACGACGGAGGGGUUAGAGUCUGGUCCCCUCAAGGAGAAAAAAUAAAGGAAUUCCAAUACUCGGGAGCCGAUGUUGGCGCUUUACACGUCUUUGGUAAACACCUUUAUGCUGGUGAUGAAGGAGGUAAUGUGAUCUUAUACGAAAAUAAUGUAGAAAAAGCCAAGUAUAAUGUAUUGGAAGAAGUAAAAGAUCUUUGGUUUAGUGAGCCAUAUCUUUUUACUGCACGUGAUCUAGACGUUACUGUUACUGAAAUUAAACCAGAGGAAUCAAAGACAAAGUUUAUUACCCGUCACACGAUGGAAGGUCGAGCUCCACUAAGGAUAUCGGGAUCCCGACUUCUCAUAUUAGCUCGAGGUGGAAAUAAUUUGCGUAUGCAUGAUGCAUCAAUUGAAACAACGUUUAAAGUUCUUCACGAAGUAAAGGUCAGUGACAUGAUAGUAACCUCUCUGACGACCAGCAAUAAUGACGUCUGGACAGGCGGUUGGGACGGAUGCAUACGAAGGUGGAAAAUAUCUGGCGACAAACUUGAACCAGCAGGAGAAAUUAGUGUACAAGCUUGUAUUAAUGCUAUUGUGGCUAAUGAAAAUAGCGUUUAUGCAGCGGUGUCUGGGGGAAAAAUUGUCCAUGUUAAAGGGUCGUAAGCCGCUAUGAGAUCCAUACGACAUAUUAUGUACCUAUACUAAUUCCACUGGUUACCUUUAGAUAAGCGCAUGUAGAGGUUAUUAAUUUACACUUUACUUCUUAAAAUUGUUAUCAGUCGUAGUCUUGCCAUUAUAUUAUCUUACAAUGUACUAAGGUUUGUUCUUAGUCUAUUUUAUUAUCUACGUAUUUUGCCGUUAUUCGAUAGAGAACUUUAAAGUCACCGAUAGCACACUGGAUUAGUAAGUUGAAGUGCCAGUGGGCUGGCCAUAUCUGUCAAAGAGCCGACAACCGCUGGGGCAAACAAGUUCUUGAGUGGAGACCACGACUUGACAAGAGCAGUGAAGGACGACCCCUAGCUAGUUGGAGUGACGGUAUGCGAAAGGUCGCUGGCGGAAGCUGGUUGCAACAAGAACAUUGCAAGUCGAAGAUAGGGUGAAAUGACGUGUAUUGGCGGAGGCCCAUGUCCAGCAGUUGACUAAAAUACUUAUAUGUUGGUGUUAAUGAUGAUGACGUUUUGCCAUAAAUUAAAUUAAGCGGUACCUCCAGCAAAACGGUGCGCUAAUCGUAUUUUAAGGAAAUAUAUAUGUAAUCGAAAUUUAUUCUUAUCUUCUCCUAAAGUACAUAAGCUUAACAUAUUAAUUUACUAUCAAUGCUAUUAGAUAAAAAAAAUACCCAUAAGGAACAUUUUGUUACUUAAAAAUUUUCUUUUUUAUAUAAGUAUAUGAAUAGUAAGAUUACGGUAUAUCAUUAAUAAAGGUGAUUUUUUUGCAAGUAUUAAAAAAAAUUAAAGUUAUUAAACUUUGAAUGUGUAGAAAAAAUAAAUAAAAUGUAGCGCUCUACCAUCGCGCCGUGACGUCACAAACUUGCGGCGCGCAAAGUAGUACAGCGGGAUGCUUUAUUAAAUUCAGGGCCGGAUCUACCUAAGGGCUGCUUGGGCUGCAGCCCAGGGCCCCGAGGUUACAAGGGGCCCCCAGACCCCGCUAAAAACAAUAGGCGUUAAUUUUAAUUUAAAAAUGGUUGUCCGUAAAGUCGGUUUACGGACGAAAUUUCUACGUAAUAAUGUCAUAAAAAACAUUGAUGAAAAAUUGCAUAUUUCUAUGAAUUGAGUUAAGGGGGUAAAUACGUAUAAAAGGAUGUUUUCAUGCUGAUUUUCAUUAUUUUUUUAAGGUAUAAAAAAUGAAUAUUAUUUAUUGAAACUAUUAGGUUAUUUUAUACAUAUAUUCAUGAGUUUUUUUCAUAUUUUACAAAAAUAUAACUUAGAAAGUAGCGGAGAUUUUAGCUGAUACACAUCGUAGGUUGUCAUCCGACUUAGCAGUCGGUGUACACGAUGGAAGCCACAAUUUUUAUCCGAAAUCAAUGGCACAGAAAAAUUACUUUCUUUUAUAUGUGUGUCUUCUAUAUAAACCUCAAUU